GCCAAAAUGGAGUGCACGGAAUGGAGCGGCAUUGCUUUGAAUCAUCCUGCACGUUGUGAGCAUCGUGCCCCCUGUGAGAAGUUUGUUGCCUUUGAAUGGACUGAUAGCGGCAGGAGGUUCCUGGGGUGUGGGAAAAAGGAUGUACCCAAGUGCAACUUUGUGGACUGGAUUUACCCUGAGUGGCCAGUCCAAUUGAAGCAAGCUUUAAAUACCAUCUGGACUAUGUAUGAGGAGGAGUCGACCAAUAGGUUGAGGCAGAAUGUACUUAAUGCUGAAGAAGUAGUGAAGGUAAUGGAAGAGAAGAGGAAGAUGGAAAAUGACCUGAGGUUUUUUAAAGUUGACUUUGCCAAAAUGGUGGCUGACAAGGAGGAUGCAAUUACCCAGUUAGGCAAUGCAAGGUUGGUUAUUAGUGACCCGAAGGAACAGAUUGAGAAAAAGAACUUGGCUGACAAAUCAGACACUAACAUUCAUCAAGUGUUGAGGGCCAAAGCAGAGAAAGAGAGAGACCAAGAGAAGGAAGAGAAGGUGAAGCUUGUGCAGGAGAUGGACAAGAUCAAGCAGAAGAGUGCCAUGUUGUUGGAGGAGAAGGAGAAGUGGAAGCAAGAGAAAAGGCACCUGGAGUACACUAUAGGUGAUCUGUUCAAAGAGAAGGAGGCCACCAAGGGGAACAUCAGGAAGAUCAAAGAGAUAGUUGAUGAAUGAUUCAAUGUUAUUGUAGUUGUAUCUACUAGAAUACUCUAUCUGCUAUUUGUGGCACUAAAAGUGCAAGACAUUUGUACUGAAUUUAAGCUGGAUUAAUUUGUGUUGCUAGAUAAUGUUAUUAAUUUGUGUUGCUGGAUUAAUUUGUGUUGCUUGAUAAUGCUAUUUCUACCACAUUUGUGUUGAACCUGUUGAUGUAGAUGUACUCCAGGUCUUCCAUAUUUCUGAGGUAU